AUUCAUGUUUUUCAGAAACUCUCAACAAUCAAAAAUAUGAAACAAGAUCAGAUACCAGAGGAAUUACAACCCAGCAAUUGGUUGACACUUUAAAUACGACAAUAAACUCAGCUUUAGCUCAAGGAACAAUACAGAUUUAUAACAGGAGUAUUAUUUACUUGGAACAAUUCAAUGAAGUAACUCAACUAGGAAAAAUACCUUUAACCCCUGUAAGUACUGGACUAUUUAUAGCAUUUUUAAUUCAUAAAAAUUUAGCACCAAAUUCUAUAAGGACUUUGAUAUCUGGUCUAGCCUACCAUCAUAAAAUUAGAGAUUUACCGGAUCCAACUAAAUCAUUUCUAGUAAACCAAGCAUUAACUGGGAUUUCAAAACAAAACCCUUCUUGUGACUCUCGUUUACCAAUAACACCAGAAAUUCUCAAACAACUGUUCCAUGCUUUAAAAAUCAUAGAAAAUAAUCAAUAUUUAGUAUUAUUACAAAAAACAAUGAUGUCAGUAGCUUUAUUUGGUUUAUUAAGGAUUGGUGAAAUAACUGUAAGUCAACAUAAUUUAUUGAGAAAAGACAAACAUAAACAACCAGAAGGUUAUGUUAUAAAAUUUGAAUCAUUCAAACAUAGUAAAUCACCACAGAGUGUGAUCAUAAGACCACAAGAAAAAGACAUAUGUCCAGUAGCAUUACUAGAUCAAUAUAUGUUUACUACACAAGGAAGGGAAGGACCAAUGUUUGUGACCCAGGUGGGCUCACCAGUAACUCGUUAUUCAUUCAAUAAAAACU